AUGAAGACCGGACGGAUUUUAGCGGCUAUAGAUUUCAUCAUCUUCAUCACCCUGAUCAACUAUGCUAAAAGCAUUGAAUCCCCCGAGUACCGUGUGGUGCUGCGAUUGGAUUCUGAUACUGAGAUCAGACUCUACAAAGAAUCGCUGUGGGUGGCUGCCCUGGUUAAGAAUUCUACUUCCUUCGAAAAGACCACCAAAGAUGGUUUUCACAGGGUGUACCAGUACAUUCAUGGCGCCAACCUCAACUCUUCCCAAAUGGUGAUUACUGCUCCAGUUUUAACUACCUUCUCUAGUGCAACUGGUGCCACUGAUUCUUAUGUCAAGUUUUAUAUGCCUGCAAAAUUCCAACCGAUGCCUCCAUUCCCGAUGCCUGAACUUAACCUGAACUUUGAAAGGUGGAGAGCUCAGUGCUAUGCAGUAAGGAAGUUUCCUGGUUUUGCUAAAGAUGAAGGCAUUAGUAAACAAAUUGGUGCUCUUGUUGCAGCAUUGAAUAACGACCUAUCUGGUGUGGUGCAGAUUUUGGAUGAUAGAGCAUAUUCCUUUACAAUUGCUCAGUACAAUGCUUCAUCUCGUCUUACUGGCCGCUUGAAUGAAGUUUGGUUUAAUGUAUCAGCUUUCGCACUUGAGGGAUGCCCUUCUUUUAGAUAG